AUGAGGACCCCACCGUUGCCUCACCGUGAAGGCGGAGCGAAACGAGGGCACGGAGGAGCACCCUUGCCACCCCAGGGCACCAGGUUGACUCGAAACCCUUCGGAGAGGCUGCCCGUCCUGUCGCUGGUGAGCGGGGGGGUUGGGAAUCUGAAGAACCAGUCCGGAUCCCGAUUGAACCUGGUGCAGGCGGACGAGGGACCCGAGACCGGGGCGGGGUCCCCUGGGCUGGGGCCGGGGCAGGGACAGGGACAGGGACAGGGACAAGGGCAGGGGCAAGGGCCUCUGCCGUCGCUGAAUCACCAGCCCAGCCCACAGCGCCGGCCGCUCAACAACUCCAACGCGACCAACAUACUCAAUAACAACCUCACCCCGAUCUUCAAUGGGCUUGAGGGGGGCGAGAAGAAGACGGUGGCCAUGUCUCCGCAAGGUGGGUACACCUCGUCUCGUACCGGGGUAAGUGGAACGGACAAAAACGGGGGAAAAAAAAUCACAGAAAUGCAUGUCUCCCCCUCCGCAGAGGCCUUGAGGCUGUAUUACUCCCAGCUGACGGCGGUGGAAAGGUCGGAGAUCCACGGAUACCAGGAGAUUUUCUACCUGGGCUUGGAUGCGAGGAAGCCGAGGCCGGGUGAAGACCUGGGGCCUGCCAAUGGGGGCUUCGACGAUGAACACGGAUCGUACAUCAAGGUCCUACACGAUCACUUGGCGUACCGCUACGAGAUAUUGGAGGUGAUUGGACGCGGGAGUUUCGGGCAGGUGAUUCGAGCCCACGAUUACAAGACGGGGCAGCAGGUCGCCAUUAAAAUAAUCCGGAACAAGAAGCGGUUCCAUGCUCAAGCCCUGGUGGAAGUGAGGAUCUUGGAGCACCUGAGAAAGAAGGACCGGGAUGGACUUCACAACGUCAUCCGGAUGUUUGAUCACUUCUACUUUCGGAAUCAUCUAUGCAUCUCCUUCGAGUUGCUCGGGUUGAACCUUUACGAGUUGAUCAAGAAGAACAACUUUCAAGGGCUGAGCGUGAGCCUGAUGAGGCGGUUCGCAUUUGCUGUUGUCCAGUGUCUUCGCCUUCUUUAUCGGGAAAACAUCAUUCACUGUGAUCUCAAGCCCGAAAACAUAUUGUUGAAGCAUCGAGGGAGUACCUUGUUGAAGGUGAUCGAUUUUGGGAGUUCCUGCUUUGCUCAUCAACGUGUCUAUACAUACAUCCAGAGUCGGUUCUAUCGCUCGCCUGAGGUCAUAUUGGGUCUCCCCUAUGGAACAGCGAUUGACAUGUGGAGCCUUGGUUGCAUCUUGGCGGAGCUGGCAACAGGUUUCCCCUUGUUCCCUGGUGAGAAUGAAGUGGAGCAAUUGGCGUGUCUCAUGGAGAUCUUGGGUCCCCCGCCAGAGAAGAUCCUCGCAAAUGCACCACGGAAGCGCAUCUUCUUUGAUUCCCGCGGUGAAGCUCGAUGCAUCACGAAUAGCAAGGGUCGAAAGCGUCGUCCCGGGACCCGGGACCUGUCUUCCGCCCUCAAGGCCUCCGAUCCCCUCUUCUUGGAUUUUGUCUCCAGCUGUCUCCGGUCUGUGCUCAACUUUUAUUCUUACAAUUUUCGAAGUCAUUCUGGAAUUUUGACUGCUGCCAAAGACUAUUGGUAUUUCUGGGAUCCCCAGGAGCGUAUGACGCCAGACGAAGCGCUGAAGCAUGAUUGGUUGAUCCACAAGGAUGUGGCACGGCGAGUGAUCAAUCAGAACGUGAAAAGAGGUUCCAUGGAGGAAGUGAUCCACGCCAAGAUGACGAUGUUGCCCAGUCGGACGGUGAAGCCUGGAGAGUGGUCAUCAAGAUCACUGAACCUGGCUGUCCCAUUCACUACCUCUCCAUCAUCGUCAAAGUCUUCAUCCUCUGCUGACACAAAUGCAAGGCUCAUCAUUAUGCACAUGCAUAAGGUGGGUCAAGAGGAGACUAAUGCUCACCGUGACACCAGUCAGGCAGGGGAGGAGGUGGAGGAGUAUAGGAAAUCCUAUGGCUAUGAAUUGAUUGAGGGUAUAAGCACACCUGCAGCUAAGAAGAGUAAAGUGAAUGAGCUGCUGAUCCUGGCAUACGCUGUCUACUGUGACUCAAGGGAAAGCUUCAUCUCCAAUAUCAUGAGUCUGGAUAUACAGAGUCAAGAGGCUCUCAUGAGUGCCAUUUCUGAAGUUCAGCAUCAUCUCAUGGCUGUCCCAUGCAGUGAUCCUGCUCUGAGAUGUGAAGAACUAGAAACUCAGCUCCUUGAAGUGAUUGCUGAGAAAAAUGCUGUUCUUGAAGAAAAUGAGAAACUGAGGAAGAGAAUACAGGAACUUGAGGGUUUGGAGAAUGCUGAAGCCACAAUCAGACAACUUCGUGCUAGAAUUGAAGAAGUGCAGCGAGAGUCUGAAAGACAAGAAGCAUGCUUGCUGGAGGUAGAGUCAGAGAAACUGAGCUUGGAGAAGCAGCUCUUAGCCUCAACAUCCCUUGUAACACAAAAUAGGCGUUUGCAAGAUGAACUUGAUUCUCUACGUGAGCGCAGUGUUCGGGUAGAAGAACUGGAGCUGACUGUUACCAAGUAUAAGCAACGAAUGGAAGAAUAUGCUGAACUGAAAAAGGCCACAUUCAAAACAUCUUGUGAUAGAGAAGACAUCUUUGUUGAACUGAAAAAGCAGGUUGAACAAUAUGGCACAGCUAUAGAUGCCUUGCAGAAGGAGCUUAUGGAUUCCAUGGCUGUGAGUUCUUUCUUGCUGUUUGUUGAGAAGUUGUUUGCCAGCUCCAAUCACAUCAAGGCCAGGGCAGAGGCUGCUGAGAGGGACCUGAAGGAAACAGAAGUGAAAGUGGCUGCAUUGGAAAAGGAGAAAGAAGCCUUGCUGAAUGAGAAUCAGCAGCUGAGACUGGAUUACGAGGAGUUGCGAGCCAAGUUCUCUCUUCUUGAUGGGUCAGCCCUACUGGGAUCCUCCUUUGAAGAGGAGGAUGAUGAAGCAACCAAGAAAGCCGAAAAAAAUCUUGAAGGGGAGGAGCUGAAUGUGUCCCAAGAUGAAACUGGAAAGUCGGAUUCUAAAAAUGGCAAGACCCGCCGCUCUCCCGACUCGGCAUAUGAGACCGAAGAAUACCCUCUGAGUCGAUCGGACUCGGAAGACCAAUUUGUGCCUCAGCAGACGACAGUGGUGGCAGAAGUCCAUGAUGCCAUUCCGCUUAUCAUUCCGAAGGAAACGCAAAAGACGCAGAACUCCAGUGCCCCACAGAAUCCAGAUUAUGAUGAGAUCGUCCCGUGUGACCAGAGGAGCCGCCUUCCGUCCAGACCGAAACGUCAUGCAACCCCACCCAGAAUCCCUCAAAAUGAAAUCUAUGCUGAGGUGAGUCGAGACAAACCUUCUCACUUCUUCAGCUUUUUGAUGCGCCGCAAGAGCCAUCGGCGAUCCAAACGAGAGGAUGACAUCCACUCCGUGACUUCGGGGAUCUCCGCCGUCCGGCGGGAGGCUUAUGGGAGUUAUCCGAGUUCAGAAACUUCAACCAUGUAUCGGGAUGUGAACCUUGGCGAUGUGGAAUCCAACGCUACCAACAGUCGACCGAAUUCUUACAACUACGAUGCAGUUGACCAUGGAAAGGUGGGAGCCCCGCGAUCCCGCCGAGAAAUCGAAGAUGAGCGCAAGAAGGAACGUCGACGAAGCCGCAGCCGGGCCCGCAGCAUGGCCGUGAUUGAUGCUGUUAACGAAGUCUUUGGCAUAAUAAUGGAGAAUGGAAUAGAACCAGUUAUAGAGGAGAAGAGGGAUGCAGAGCAUCGAGUGAUGACAGCAGACGAAUAUGCAUCCUUGGUCAGGCAGUGGCUUGCUGAUGUCUACCACUGGCAGUGUUUUCAAACGCUUCUCCCAUAUUAUUUCUUGGAGCAAGAGGAGCUCAGCAGGACUGGCCAGGCGACAUUUAGGGACUGGAGACCAAGUGAAGGAGCCAGUGAGGCAGGUGCUAGCAUUCCAGCAAGAGCUUCAGAUACCUCUGCACAGGGUACCCCAGAAACUUCAGACAACAGCUCACCUCAGUCACUCCCACGCAUUGAGUAUGGAGUCCCUUCCAUGUUGCGACGAUUCUUGGCUGAAGUCUUCGACUUCUUUUGCCUACUUGUCAUCAAGUUCCUUAUCACCUACUUAGCUGUGGAUCACUUUGACUUUGUAGAUGAUGUGGAGAAGUAUAACUUCAGUGGGUUGGACACAUCCCUUUUCAAGCUGAAUAUGGACACAGCCUUAGAAGUGACGUCAGAGGUGUUGCUUCUCGAGCUCAUUCAUCGAGUUGCCGUCUGUUUCUACGAGGCGUUUUGCACCCAGAGAGGAACUGAUGGCAUCUCCGGUGGAGCAACUCCAGGAAAAAUGCUGAUGGGACUGCGGGUCGUAUCAUGCGAAUGGGUUGCACCCACUGCGGAGGAUCGGGCGGUGGUGUAUCCGGGAGGGGAUCUGGGAUUCGGUCGCGCCCUACUGCGUGCCAUCCUCAAGAACCUGAGCCUGGCUUUCAUCUUCCCCCUCACCUUCUCUAUGUUUUUCCUCCAGCACAACAGGACGCUGUACGACGUGGUGGCUGGCUCCAUGGUCGUCGAAAGGCUGAAUCCGAACCGCGAACGAAGGCAACAAUAA